GUUGUGAAUAAUGCAGAGCCGCCGUGAGCUCAGGCACCACCGUAACGAAGAAGAAACCUGAAGGAGAAGAAGCCAUGGGUUGUGCUGCGUCGAAGCUCGAUAACGAAGAUGCUGUACGGCGGUGUAAGGAUCGCCGCCGUUUGAUGAAAGAAGCUGUCUAUGCUCGCCAUCAUCUCGCCGCCGCUCACGCCGAUUACUGUCGAUCUCUUCGUCUCACUGGAUCUGCUCUUUCCUCAUUCGCCUCCGGUGAGCCUCUCUCUGUAUCGGAUCAAACUCCGGCAGUUUUCCUCCAUCCUCCUCCGCUUUCUGAACAAUCUCCGGCUAAAUUUGUUCCUCCACGUUUUUCGCCGUCGCCUGCUCCUUCUUCUGUUUAUCCUCCUUCGACGUCCCCUUCCGUCGCUAGUUCUAAGCAGCCGUCAGUCAUGUCCACCUCUUCCAAUCGACGCCGGAAACAGCAACCAAAACCUAAACUGCCUCAUAUUCUUUCGGAGUCAAGUCCUUCGUCUUCUCCGAGGAGUGAGAGAUCCAAUUUCAUGCCGAAUUUGUAUCCCGGUGCUUAUCAGAACUCUACUUACUCCGCUACUCCUUCUCAUGCUUCCUCCGUCUGGAACUGGGAAAAUUUCUACCCUCCUUCUCCUCCCGAUUCCGAAUUCUUCAACAGGAAGGCUCAAGAGAAGAAACAAAACUCCGAUAGACGCUACAACGAUGAGGAUACGGAAACAGAGAGGUCAGAGUAUGAUUUCUUCGACACGAGUAAGCAAAAGAAGAAGCAGUUCGAAUCAAUGAGCAAUGCGGUGGAGGAGGAGACGGAGACGGAGAGAGAGGAAGUACAGUGUAGCGAAUGGGAGGAUCACGAUCAUUACAGCACGACGAGCUCCUCGGACGCUGCGGAGGAAGAGGAAGAAGAUGAUGAUGAUAGAGAGUCAAUUUCCGAGAUCGGGACACGCUCCGAGUUUGGAUCUACGGUGAGAAGUAAUUCGAUGAGACGGCAUCAUCAACAACCUUCACCAAUGCCGCAAGUAUACGGCGGCGCUGAACAAGGUAAAUAUGACAAAGCAGAUGAUGCUACGAUAUCUUCUGGUAGCUAUAGAGGCGGAGGAGAGAUCGCUGACAUGAAGAUGGUGGUUAGGCAUAGGGAUUUGAAAGAAAUCGUUGAUGCGAUUAAGGAGAAUUUCGAUAAGGCGGCCGCCUCCGGCGAGCAAGUCUCUCAGAUGCUCGAGCUUGGCAGAGCUGAGCUCGAUCGCAGUUUCAGCCAGUUGAAGAAAACGGUGAUACAUUCGAGUAGCAUAUUGAGUAACCUGAGCUCUACAUGGACCUCGAAGCCACCAUUGGCAGUCAAGUACAGGCUCGACACGACUGCGCUGGAUCAACCGAACAGUUCGAAGAGCCUUUGUUCCACUCUUGACCGUCUCUUGGCAUGGGAGAAAAAGCUCUAUGAAGAGAUUAAGGCUAGAGAAGGCUUGAAGAUUGAGCACGAGAAGAAGUUAUCACAGCUUCAAAGCCAAGAAUAUAAAGGGGAGGAUGAAGCUAAGCUAGACAAGACAAAGGCCUCUAUAACGAGAUUACAGUCACUGAUCAUUGUAACUUCUCAAGCUGUUACAACCACAUCUGCUGCCAUAAUCCGUCUUCGUGAUACCGACCUUGUUCCACAACUCGUUGAGCUCUGUCAUGGCUUUAUGUACAUGUGGAAAUCUAUGCAUCAAUACCAUGAGACUCAGAACAGCAUCGUGGAGCAAGUCCGGGGGCUCAUUAACAGAUCGGGCAAAGGCGAAUCAACCUCUGAGCUACACCGACAAGCAACACGUGACUUGGAAUCAGCUGUCUCUUCUUGGCAUUCGAGUUUCAGUCGUCUGAUUAAAUUCCAACGUGACUUCAUACACUCAGUUCACGCAUGGUUCAAGCUAACCCUUCUUCCGGUUUGCCAAGAAGACGCCGCCAAUCAUCAUAAAGAGCCGCUCGAUGCUUACACCUUCUGCGAUGAGUGGAAACUCGCGCUAGACCGUGUUCCCGAUACUGUCGCAUCCGAAGCAAUCAAGAGCUUCAUCAACGUUGUACACGUGAUAUCCGCAAAACAAGCGGAUGAACACAAGAUAAAGAAAAGAACAGAAUCAGCAUCAAAAGAGCUUGAGAAGAAGGCUUCGUCGCUUAGAAACCUAGAGAGAAAAUACUACCAGUCAUACUCAGUGGUUGGUUUAGGUUUACCAGAGUCAGGACCUGAUAACCAACACAUGUUAGAUGCUCGAGACCCGUUAAGCGAUAAAAAGUCAGAGCUUGCGGUUUGCCAAAGGAGAGUAGAGGAAGAGAUGGUGAAAUACUCAAAGGCAAUAGAAGUGACAAGAGCCAUGACUUUGAAUAAUCUGCAGACAGGGUUGCCUGGUGUGUUCCAAUCUUUAACAAGUUUCUCUGCUUUGUUCAUGGAGUCUCUUCAAACGGAUGUGAUUUAUCUCGGCUAUGGUUUAGUGGGUGGGGGUGGGGGGACUGUCUCCAUCGGAUUCUCUCUCGAGUUCGAAUCUGACAACUCUUCACUUCUUGUCUGAAAGUGAAACCACAUGGUUUUGUAAAAUCAGGAUUUACUCCAUGAUCUUCUCUGUGUCUUCUUCUUGCCUUGUGUCCCUCCCAGAACCUAAUAGACAAAAUCUCUCCUAUGUCCCCUCUUGUCUUUAUCCUUUUACUGUUUGAGGAUAAAAGAUCCAUACAACG